AUGUCCCAGUUGCGCUUUUGGGCCCUCUGGCUUCUGACGUUUGCACCCUUAUGGAUGCUAGUUCAGGUAGCUCCCCUUCCGGAGUGGGCCAGGCGCCCUGUCCCACUGACCUCCAUCCCCCCAGAGCUGACUGAGACUUGGUCUUUGCGCUCCUCUGAACUGCCACCUGGAUCACCCCAUGCGUUUAAACGCCCGGCAGCCGCAGGGAGCUUUGGUUACCUGGGAUCCUCCGCUGCCUUCCAGAUGUUGGUCUGGUUUCGGGAAUUGGCCAAGAAGCUGAUUCCAUCGCUGGGCCCGGAUUCAGCUCAAGAACUGCCCCCAGAGCCGGAUCGGUUUGCGGUUCUGCAUCGGGAUCUGCGUGACAAUCUGGCUCGGCCACAAAGGCUCCCAGACAUGGUUCCAGUGCAAGACUGGCAACAGAAUCAGGCCCUGGUUCUGCCUCUUAGACUGAAAAGUAAGAUUCAAACCGUAGACAGUGAGAAUUCAAAAGCAACCAAGUUUGUUGUUUCACCCCGCAAGAGAGAUCUCACUCAGCAUCCGCGGCUUGCCAAGAUUCUUGGAAUUCCAGACACAUUUGCAUCAAAACCUAAGCAUCCGAAACAAAUCUUGCAGGAUGAUAAUGGAUUUUCAAGUACGGAUAUAGAUUAUCCUGAAUUUCCUCGAGAAUCCCAGAGGGACCCAGAUGAGCAUCUAGAGGCCCCCGAGCCAGUUGAAACUAAUCAAUUACAGCAAGAGGCUCUAUCUCAAAACCUAGAGCUUCCUGAAGAGAUCCAAUCCUCUCCACCCCAGCAAGACCCAGCUCAGCCUCCACAGCCUCCUGAGCAGGAAGAAGCUUCAACCCAACAGGAGGCCCUAGCUCAGCCUCCAGGCCCUGCUCAGGAGCAACCAGCUCAGUCUCCAGAGCAUCAUGAAAUGACGGUUUUACCUCUAGGUCACCAACAAAGUCAGCAUUCAAGCUUGCCUGGUACCACUACUAAACCUCCAGAUCUGCAGAUUACCAUAACAGCAGAACCUGCUGCAGAGGUGGGAACUUUUCCAACUUACCACGAGUCUACUGCUCAGCCCUCAGUGCCAACUCAUGAUGUGGAACCUUCUACAACCCAGCAGGAGAGGCUUCAGGUCAAUCUCAAGAACCUAUGA